AUGUUAAGUUUGCAGAGCGAAAUAUUAUGGCAGGACAGAGAAAUACGCUUUGAUGCUCCAACUCGUGAUUUAAUGCUUAAAAGAGGAGAGAAGGUCCUAAGAAGUUUAACAGGGGUAGAAGAUGUGAAGGGGAAAAAUGGAGACAAAGGUAUACGGGUAAUUUACAAAUUAAUUUGGCCUACAGGUGCUCUGUACAUCACUAACCUGAGAGUGUUGUGGAUUUGCAGUAGCUUAAGACGUAACAGUCUGUCUAUUGGAUUUAACUGCGUUAUAAAUAUUUACUUAAGGAAUGUCACUUUAGAAGUUGCUGGGAAAACAUCAGCAGUGGUUAUACUGACAAAAUUCGCCGGAACCAGAUACGAGUUCAUUUUUGCAGAGGCCGACGUUAACAACUCAAAAAUAUUGGAUUACAUUACUACAAUAUAUAAGUUAUACGACUCAACGCGAAUUUAUCGAGAGUUACGCCUACGUGGAGCUUUAAUGCGAGGGAAUACCUUAAUUUUACUACCAUUAGAAAAUUUGUUCGAUGAUAUAGAUGGAGUAUGGAAUCUUUCUUCAGAUCAAGGCAACCUUGGAAGAUUAUUUGUGACAAAUAUUCGCGUUGUUUGGGUUUCCAUUAUGAAUGAUAAUUUCAACAUAAGCAUCCCAUUCCUACAUAUACAAAUGAUAACAGCAAGGGACUCCAAGUUUGGAGAAGCGCUUGUAUUUCAAACCACAAGACAGGUUGGGUCGUAUCUUCUUGGAUUUCGUAUAGAUCCACGUGAUCGUCUUGUUAAAGUAUUAAAACAACUGGGGAGUUUGCAUAACCUUUACAUAAAGAACCCUGUUCUUGGAAUCGAAAUGAUGUCGAAAAAAGAAGAAAUUACACAUGUGAUCAAAGAUGAAAACGAAAAUGAAGAUGCGGAUACUGAAGAUCAUUACGACAUCCUAUCAACCUAUCUAGCUGAUGUCAGUAAAUUAAAAGGUCGGAAGCCAGUAUACAAUGAAGACCUUGGUCUCGCUGUCGAAAGCUUACCAGAACACUACACAAUUUCUGAUCUAUGGAAAAUAACGUCAAAAGGGAAAAGUGGAAAGGAAAAUGAAACCCAUAAGAAUUCAUGA